UCAGGACAAAAAAGACACAGGACAGAGAAGUGAGAGGCUGGGAAGGAGCUCACCAUCAGGUUUGCCAAGAGUCAAGUAGGCUAAACAGUUUUCUGUGUAGGCUUCUUACUUCACAGGAGAGGGAAAAGGUCAUUCUGUAGUUCAAUCAGGUGAGAAUUAGAAAUUCCAGGUGUCAAGCCAGAAAUUCUAAAGUACCAAGACAAUGACAUUUGAAGAAAAGCCUGAGGGCAAUGGGAGCCUCGUAGAUGAGAACCAGCUGAACCUAGGUGUGAAGCAUCAGCCAAACGGGAAACCAGGAGCAAGUGGGAAAGCCAAGCUCUCUGCAAGGCAGGAGGCAAAUGCAAAGUGCGACUUGCCCAGAAAAAGCCUCAACACGUACACCUGGCAGGAGAUCCAGAGACACAAUCAGAAGACUGAUCAGUGGCUGGUGAUCAAUCGCAAGGUCUACGAUGUUACUGGCUGGGCGGACAGGCAUCCCGGUGGGCGGAAGGUCCUCCACUGCUACGCUGGGGAAGAUGCCACGGACGUCUUCAGAGCCAUGCAUCCAGACCCUGACAUUGUGCGGUUGUACCUUAAACCACUGCUCAUCGGAGAGCUUGCUCCAGAAGAGCCCAAUCAGGAGAGAAACAAAAAUUCCCGGUUGGUGGAAGAUUUCCAAGAACUGCGGAGGACAUUAGAGACCUUGAAUAUGUUCAAUGCCAACCUGGGGUUCUUCUUCCUUCACCUUGCCCAGAUCUUGAUUUUGGAGGCCCUGGCUUGGGUAAUAGUGUGGCAUUUUGGCAGUGGCUGGCUUAUCACAAUGUUCAUUUCUUUUCUUCUCACGGUUGCUCAGGCUCAGGGUUCAUUUCUGCAACAUGACAUGGGACACCUUUCCAUAUUUAAAAAGUCCAAGUGGAACCUCCUGAUGCAAAAAUUUGUGAUGGGUCAUCUCAAGGUACAGAAUGUUCCAGGAGUAUGAUGGGAUUCUGAA